CCCAUGUUGAUCAACUGUUUUGCGGUAGUGACUGCUCAGUGUUAUGCGGCUAAACACGUUUUGUGCUUCCUGAAAAAUUUUCUAUAAAUUUACUAGUUUGUGCGUCAUGGGAAUAUACAUUUCAACUCCAGUUACUGAUAAAGAUUCUAGUGAUGAAGACAACAAACUGUUGAAAUGCGGUUCGAGUUCCAUGCAAGGCUGGAGAACUUCUCAGGAGGAUGCACACAAUGUGAUUCUCGAGCUCGACGAGAAUGCUUCCUUGUUUGCUGUUUACGAUGGCCAUGGUGGACAUGAGGUGGCCGAGUACACUGCUCAGCAUUUUCCUGCACAUCUUCUUGCUAAUGCAUCUUAUAAGCAAGGCAAUAUGAGAAAGGCUUUGGUUGAGGCAUUCUUAACAUUUGACCAACAUUUGCUGGAGUCAGAGGUGCUCGCUCUCCUUAAGAAGAUGGCCAGUUGCAAGAAAGGUGAGGAGGCAGAGGAGAGCACAGACAGUGAAGAUGCAGACAUCGUGUCUGCUCUGCAGAAGGAUGCCAGUAUGCCCAUUGAUGAGGUGCUUGCAUCUCGGUAUGCAGGCAAGGCAUUAGCUAAACUCAAAGAAACGGAUAAUUCCGAGUCAGUUGGUGGUUCCUCAGUACUGAAGCCCAGAAGAAAGGCUAGGGAAAGCAAGAGUGCUGAUUCUAAUAUAGUAUCGAUUGAUGAGAAAGCUGAAGAUGAAGUUAAGAAAGGUAGUGGUAGUUCUAUUAAGACCUGCAGCAGCGGAAACAGUAAUGGCGAUACUCCCUCCCCCACAUCUGAUGGAGAAAGCUUGCCUCCUAAGGAGGAAUCUGAUACUUCAGAGGAUGUAUCUUCUAGUCCUAGGGCUAAAUUAAUCAAUGGUGAAACUGAGAAGAAGUCUGAUGGUAUAUCAGAAGAAAAGUCUGAAGAGAAGGCUAAGAAACUUCUGACAAACGGUGAUGUCAAUGAUCAUAAGGAUGAGAAGGCCAUUAAUGGUGCAAAUGAUGAGACCAAAACAGAUCUGGUUGUGGAGGGCAGAAGAAUUGUACCCACGCAACUCUCCCCUAAAACCAGCUGUGUCCCUGAGGAAUCUCCUUCUUAUACUGGCAAAGGCAAAAGCGGCGGUAAGGGCGGUAAAGUAAAGGGCAGUUCAGCCAUCACAACCACGACGUUGUCACCCAGCAAGGAGUGCUCUGAUGAAGCCACGGCUGCGUCGCCUACAAAGACGCGCAGAGCAGCGCUGGCUGAAGUCAAGAGGAAGGUGCUCUCUCAGGAGGAUCUUGACAGUGAAGACGAGGAUGAGGAUGAUGAAAAUUAUGAUGUUGAUGGUAGCGUGACCGGUGAAGGUGAGGGAGACGUCAACGAUGAAGAUGAUACAUCUGACCCUGAAGGCGAGGAAGCUGGGGAUGAAGACGAGUCUAGUGAUGAUAGUGAGUUGGGGGAGGACCUCGCCGACGAGGCUCUCGAUGAUGAUGAUGAUGACGACGACGAUGAUGACGAUGAUGAAGAGGGCAUCAGUGAUGAUGACAAUGCCGUCUACAAUGAGUUCUAUGCCAACAUGACGGAUGGGCCCGGCUACGACAGCGGUUGCACGGCGUGCGUGGCGCUGCUGCACAAGAACAAACUCUACGUCGCCAACGUGGGAGACUCGCGCUGCGUGCUCAGCCGUGCUGGUAAAGCCAUCGACAUGAGCGUCGACCACAAGCCUGAGGACGACCUCGAGACGCAGAGGAUCAUCAAAGCUGGGGGCAAAGUGACUGAUGAUGGAAGGGUUAAUGGUGGCCUCAACUUGUCGCGUGCGCUGGGCGACCACGGCUACAAGAUGAACCCUAAAGUGUCAGCCUCGGAGCAGAUGAUCAGCCCCCUGCCUGACGUCAUGGUCAGGACCCUGACUAAGGACGACGACUUCAUCAUCAUAGCGUGUGAUGGCAUCUGGAACUCCCUCACGUCUCAACAAGCCGUUGAUUUUGUGAAGAAAAGGCUUGAUAAAAAUCCUGACAUGCUACUGUCUUCUGUCUGUAAUGAGAUGUUCGAGCACUGCCUGGCCCCAGACCUGGGCGGCGAUGGCACCGGCUGCGACAACAUGACCGGCAUCAUCAUUUCCUUCAAAGACAAAACUGCUUUUGCCGACACUGCUUGUGACGAGGAAGAAGAAGACGAGGGUGUAGCGAGUGGUAUUGAGGCGGGCAAGCCAGCUCUCAAUGGUGUUAAUUGUGAAGAAAGCAACGGUGCUGCCAAAUUAGAGGAUAAUGUUAGUAAUGAAAAUGAUGAUCUGAAUCAUGGUGAGGCUGCGGUGUCAAUGGAAGGUGUUGUAAACUCUGGAAAUAAAGAUGAUAGUGAAGAUGCUGAACUGAAAACAGCUAAACGAUGUGUAGAUGAGAAUGUUCUUGAAGACGACAGACCUGUUAAGAAAGUCAAGAUUGAUGUAGAAGAAGCUCCAGUUUUAAUUUAAUACCAGCCUCGUAAGUUGCUACCUCUUCAAUAGCCUUAGUUGUAAACGUAAUGCUGUUAAUGCACUGUGAUCACUUCUUAGCCAUGGCGGGUUUAGAUGACCGAGGAACCUUCAGCUCCUUUCACAAUGUACGUCGCUCUUGAAGCCUCGCCAGUUGAUUAAAUUUAAGAAAAAUGCUAGAAAAUGUUUGCUGAUAAUGGCGGCGCCGGGGCGACCCUGCGUGGUAACACAAGCGCCUAGUGUAGGGGUAGCGUCUAAUGGCGUACGUCACUAGACACUACCCCUACCCUACCCCUAGUGUCACGCCACUAGAAGUAGUGUCUAGUGGCAUGCUGCUGCGUCUAGUGGCGUGCUGUGCUUAAGCUCUUAGCUGGCCUAGCUAUUCUUGUCAUGCCUUUAGUCUUAUCUUGGAGAGAAGGUCGUAUAUGUGAAUGUUAACGUGUCGUGAGAGCGUCCAGAGUGUCGGAGCGUCAAAACUUUUCCCACGUUUCGGUUGAUAUUCUUCGUUGAAAUCUUUUAGACAGAUUUUUGUUUUUCAAUAUUUGAGUUUUCCCUAUAUUUCUCAUAGUAGAUACGCUACUCUAUUCUACGCUGCAAGCUCUAAUGUUGCUCAGGACGGCAUGCAGAAGUUACUAUGCUUUAUCGUGAAGUUCACUCGUCUAAUUGCGAUUAUUUAUGAAGAUGCAUUCAAACUUGAUUAAGCUUUAAAAUCUUUUUCUCUUGUGAUGUUCAACUUCCUGAAGUUUGUGUAUCUUACAUUGUGUUUUGUAUGUGAAUGUUUUCAGGUGAAGGUAUUGCUUAAUUCAGUGUAAUCUUAGUUCGUAUGAUUGCAGGGAUCAGUGAUAUACAAAUAUUUGUAUACAAUUAUAUGCCAAUCUCUGGGUACAUGUAGUACAUGUGCUACAUGUGCACAAAAGUUUUCUCAUGAUGGCUGCUGUCAAAAAGUACAUUUUAAACUGUGAGACGUUUUCCUCGCCAUUACGAUGGUUAUGCUCACCAUUUAUCAUGAGUUAGGCUUGGAAUUAUCAAAGCACCACCAAAACUUGCGGGAGCACAAGCAGCGGCUGAUUGCUCGUAUGAUUGUUGGUUGAACUUACCAAGCAAUCAGUUAAUGCCUGGCGGAGGCGUGAAUUCGUGACCAUUCUUGCUCGUACGGCCCCUGGUCUCCUGCACAAGUUGCCGUACAUUGGCUGAAAUUGUAAAGUCUUUAGUCGCUGCUGGACAGUACAAGUAUAGAUUUACAAUAAAGACUAAUCAUGCUGUUUACUAUACAAACAUUUUGAGUUUUUAAGUGCAAGGCACAAAAAUAAUCGAAUUAUAUAAGAUUUGACUUGAAGUCAAGCGUGAGAAUAGAUGCUGUACGUGGGUGUUGUGACGUGGCCUUAACACUGCUGCUGUGCAGGACUUGUCGUAUUGCAUUCAGAAGGCUUUGUUUGACAUGCGAGCCUAAAUGAGUUGGCAUAUUUUGAUGGAUGUCGUCUUUUCGCCUACAAUGUAUUGUGUGCACUGAAGAAAUGCAGUAUCUAAAUAUUGUAUGAGUGCUGGCAGUUGCUUCCAUUAUUACUUUUGUUUCAACAUCGAGCUUUGCUUUAUCUCUGGCCAUUCUCGUCCUGACUUAUAAUACCGUACCGUAUAACCUUUUAUUUAUGCAUACAUUUACCAUCGUCAAUGCUAUCUGUACUUAAAGGCCUGGUGACGAGAGAAACUGACUGAAGGCUUAGAAAACCUCUCGAUUAUUAUAAUUAAUAUACAAUGAACAACUUGCUGAUGAUGAAUGCAGUCCUGUUUUUCAGAUCCUGUUCUAAUGGCGGACUGUGUCGUUCUAAGAUAUCUUUACUGUUACUCGUUCAGAGAAACCUUUCUCAUCAAUUCUGCUAUUUACGUCAAAAUUAUUUCUCUUGAUCUUCACAGUGUCACUGCCAGUAAUAAUGAAGAAGUUCUAGCCUAUGCCUCAUGCGUGUUGAUUGCUACACACAUUUUGGAUGACUGAUUACUUAGACGCAAGCGCUAAGUUCACGCCCCACUGUCUCCGUAUGCUUGUCAUGGUCUAAUGUUCUGAGCACAUCUUUGUCCGAUGUUCUUUUGUCCAGAACAGCGAGACAUCAAUAUUGUUUCUGAACAGCGAGACAUCAAUAUUGUUCUUGAACAGCGAGACAAUAAUAUUGUUCCAAGCAAGAAUCGCUACGAAUUCGAUGAAGUGUGGCAAGCUGUGUGCUAGAAAUCUAUUUGAGUGAAAAGAGCAGUGAAUAUGCUGAAUAUUUCUGUUGUUAAUUUUUGUUCGAGAUGAAAAAACAACGCACAUUUUUUUCGUAAAUAUAAAUGUUAUUAUGUUAUUAAUUAUUGUAUGCAAUUUCUCAUUGAUCUUUAAUUAACGGACUACUAUGAGGCCAAGGACAGACUAUCAUGGCCUCAAAGUAGUAGAGGCCAUGGACAGACUAUUAAUGAUUUGAUGCAGCUUUAAAGCCUCAUAAUCUGUGUUAUAAUUGCCAGCUAAUCUUCACCUUCACGAUUCUCUGGAGCUGGGGCCUAAACUGGGUCGCGAUUGCCUACACAAGAGCAAAAUGCGUCGAUAUUUGGACAAAGCCUCACACAUUUCUCUGAGUGUGGAAACAUGAUACUAUUCAGUAAUUGUAUCUACUGUCUUGUCUUGUUCUGCCAUAUUGAUAGAAAAAAUGUUCUGCUCUCAGUUCAGUGACGCGAAGAUACAACGCUCUAACGUACGACGUCUCGUUGAAUCUUUCUUUAAUUCAACUAAUUUUUAUCGAGCUUUUGUUGAAGUUUGUGUUAACAUCAUGUAACUAUUGUAUCGACUGAACACUCCAACGGUAGACAAAUUUAUUAUGACUUGCUGCAAAGAAUAAGAGCGUAUGUCUUUUGUGAAUUCUUAAUUUUUAUGACAUUUUCAUACCAUCGCUCCAUCUUACUUCCUUAUAAGCUUGUGUUGGGCAUGUAUUGAACGUGUUGAAAGUGUAUUGAACGCGUCCUGAACGUGUUCUGGACGCGUCGAACGUGUAUUGAACGCAUCCUGAACGUGUUUUGAACGUGCCGAGAAUGUAAUGAACGUGUUCUGGACGUGUCCAAUGUGUCCUGGACGUAUCGAACGUGUAUUGAACGUGUUGCACUUGUCCUGUGAACUCCGUCAGUUCUGAUCGUGUUUUCACAGUCGUGGCUGCUGUAGGGCAUUCCUCGGGGUUAUCGAGUUCCAACGCUAAUUUAUAAAUGAAGUAAUUUCUCUUUUUUAAUAAACGGUGCUACGCUU